UGAUCUGAUCAAUUUGAAGUUAUACGCAAAAAACAUGUUAUGUAGUGUUCUACAGGUUAAAAAUUGUUUUAAUUUUUUUAUUACAUAGUUGUAGAAUUUCUAAAAGUUUGUAUUAGAUAUUUUUGUAAAAUUGUUAAAAAAUGGGAGAUUUUCAUUCUCCUAUGUCUCAUAUUUCUCCUAAUGCAAGGAUAUUAACACCUAAACCGCAAGUUCAACAAACUCUUCAUUUAAAGCAAAUUCAAAAUAAAGCAAGGAAAAAUAUCACAUGGUUUUUUAUAAAUAGUAUUCUUCUCAGCAUUGUUAUCUCUGAUAUAUUAUAUGGAGGUACAGCUUAUAAACCAUUUUUUUGGAUUGAAUGGUGCUUAGCAUCAAUAUUUGCUUUAAAUGCAUUUUAUCAUAUAACACAGUAUAUUUGGACAAAUUUUCAUAUACAACCAAUUGUAUUAAGUCCACGACAAAAACUUUUAUUAGGGAUAUCAAAUGAUGAUCCACUUUUCAAAAGUGAAACUACUUUACAAAAAAUAUCAGAAUCAAGUACACCUUUGAAUUUAUCUUGUAUAAGUCUUAAUAGACGUAUGACACCACUCGGCUCCUCGUUAAGUGAAAGCAAGGAUUAUUCAAUGAAUACAUUUGGUAAAUAUGGCAAUCUAUCAUCUCCAAAAUUGAAGCUUAGUCCUGAUGGAUCAAUCAACAAAUCUUUAAACUCUUCCAUGAAUAGUACAUUCACAAGUGAACAUUUCAUACAAAGUGAAGCUGAAUUACAAAAAUAUUUAAAAGAAGCAUCAGUACAAAGGAAAACUAUACUUUCGACAAAUAUUGAUCAACCUUCCAACUUGUUAAGUUCAUUUUGGACGCACCCUGCUAUAAGAAGUCCUAACGAAGUUUCUCCUUCAUUGAGACGAUGCGCUUAUCAACUUGCUCCUACUAUGUUAUCUUUUAACAUGGAUAAAUCAAAAUCUACAAGUCCUGGUGCAGAAGAAGGAAAUUCACCAAGAGGUACUUUUGGCAUUCCAGACGUUUGGAGAAAAUAUAGAGUUGAUUCAAAUAAAGUUAAUGAAUGGACUGCUAAUCUACGCAUGUGGAUUAGUAAAACUGUGGUCGAAAGAGUUGCUGUAGAGAUUGAUAACAUAUGUUCAGCUUUAAUUCGUCAUGGUUUGAGUGAUUCUCAACCAGGACAUAUUGGUUUGGAUAGACUGAGAAAAUUAGCACAAGCACAAUUUUUAGUGUCUACGAUACCAACGCUUCCAACAUUAGUACCUUUUCUAGAAUUGUCCAAUAAUCAAGAAUAUCUAGUGAAAAGAAUUAAAACACUUGCUAAAGGAGGUUCUAUGAGCGAAUUUAAAUGGAAUAGUGGAGGUUCGCAUAAUAGCAAGGAAUGGGAUUCUAGUUUACCAACUGAUUCAGCUAUAAUAAUGCAUUUAAUAGCAACUUAUAUGGAUACACAAUUAGAAGCUCCUUUAGAUCAACCAGAUGCACGUCCUUUUUCAUCAAGAUAUAUGGCUCGAUCAGGCAUGGAUUUACCAAGAAAUAAAGGUCCCAUAAUAAUGUCUCAAUCUGUAAAUCCACCACAUUAUUGUUUAGCAUUAUCUGGCGACUCCUUGCCAACUGAUUACGAAGAAAUUCAACGGGGUAGAAACAAUUUGUUUCACACGCUUUUACUUUUUUUAUACAUUGUUAAAACUCGUGAUCAUGGCAUGUUAGGACGUGUUAAUUUAGGAGCAUCAGGUAUUAAUAUCUUAUGGGUUAUUGAUGGCUAAAAUAUGUGUAUGUGUGUGUGUGUGUGUGUGGAAAGAAGAAAUUUCUACAAUUUCACUUAACAUAAUUUAUACAAAUCAUUUUAAUCUCAUCUCAUUUUGAUGUUUUUCUAUGAACAAAAAAAUUUUAAGUAUAUAUCAAUAUAUUACAUAUACUAACAAGCAAUUAGCUGAUAUUUUAUAACGUAUUUAUGUAUGUUUUUGUGUAUGGAUAUGUGAGAGAGAGAGAAAGAAAGAGAGAACUACAUUUGAAUGCUACGAACUCUUUAUUCACAUAUACUUACCAUUAUGUACAAAUAAAGCAGAAAUUACGAUUCGUAAUCAGUAAAGGUAUUUCUGUACUAUUAUUAAAUACAUUAAUAUAUACUA